AUGCUACGACGCCGCAGAGCUCUGUUGAGGCCCGCCAAUGGUAACAAAUUCCCUGGUGAUACCGCUUGUUCUUCAUCGUCCAAUCCUAGCUCUGUCCCAGGGGCAAGCAACCAACCCCUUAGCAACGCCCGGAAGCGCUUUGGUCCUCACAACCUGAGUCGCUCUGGCUACGACGAGGAAAAAUGCCGCAACGUGCUUGUAAGAUAUUGCGCCCACAUACCGAGAAACUAUCAGUAUAAGGAUGGUGUACAACAGAUAUUUUUGAUAUUGAGAGAACAUCUUGGCGAUGAAAAUCUUGACCUCGCCGGCGGAGUCUUGUACGAGUUGAUUGAAGUGGACUGCGAACAUACCGACGAUUCUGGAGCAGCUUUCCAGCGAUGGAGACAUGAUCAUAUGUGCAGAUAUUCUGACCUCGAACUUCCUCAUGUACCGCACAUGAUGACUAUUACCUCGUCUAUCAUUCCCACCGAGAGGCUCGAACUUUGGCGACUGGAGCACCGAGAUCGAUACCCCUUUGUGCUGUCCGACUUUUCUCCUUCGAGUCAACGACAAUCUCACGACCCAAGCUGCAUCCGCAACAGGAAAGCCUGGCUGAUUGACCAUACCUUCUAUGUCUCGACCCGCAGUGACGGUACUCGCCCCAUGCAUAGCCCAAAUCCAAAGGAGUUCCACGAGAUGCAAUGGAAUUCCGACUAUGGAGGAAAGGGGAAACUCGUCGAGGAACGCGACAUUCCUGUCAGCUCUCUGGACCGACUGUAUGGACAGUCCCCACCUGGUACUGCAGAUACUCCCCUGACGAUGUCGAGCCGCCCGAAGCGGCUGCGCCACUCGUUGUCCAGUCUAAGCAUCAUUGGCAAGAUUGUCGACAAGUUCGGUACGCAGAAGAAGGAGCCUGAACGCGACCAAAGACGGCGUAGCUGGAUGCCUAGUUCUCUUGCUUUCGAAACAGGUUCGCUCUUCAGAGACAAGCGGGCUAGCGCUGUGACCCUCUCGGCCCCUCUUCCAGACGGGUGCCAAAUACCGAACGCGAUAUUCGCCAGAAAGUUCCUGUUAGUCGACACUGGAGAGACAUUGCCUCACUAUUUGCCUAUUUCCCAGAUGCCAACCGCAGAAUCGAAAGCCACAGACACCAUCGUCGAAGCUGUGACUUCAGGAUUGCUGGACAAAGCACCGCCGUGGUCAUUCCGCGGGCCUUUCACGCCCCAACUCAACUUCGAUGGCGGCCUAGACUACCAAUGGGGUCUCCGCGAGCCGACAAUUACCGUCAGAAGAUUUGAUUUGGAUUACCCUCUCCCGGAUGUGCUAGAUAUCGACUGCGAUCGUCAGUUCAAGCGAGCCGAACUCCAGAGGACCGAGAGUUACACAUCCUUUAGACAGUCACCCUUCAAGAGGCGCGGCCGAGUGUUCGGCUACAAUAUGGAAGCAGAAUCCAAAAGAGAAAGGCCUGACGGGACCCUGCCAGAGGCUAGAUAUACAGAUCCAGCUGAAUCGGGGAGCUUGAAUCAGGAUACAGAGCCUCGAAGACUACCAAUCUCACCUCCCUAUACCCCCAAGGCCCCUCCCAGACCAGCACCAACUAUGAUGAGCUUCAGUAGUUCGGCUUCGAGAAGGCGUACUUCACAUCGCCGAAACCCCUUGCUGUUUGAGAACAUUGAGUUUGCUAUGGCCAGCGAGCCCCCUGCUCUGAGCACCCCAACGGCUAAUCGCGUCAAAGUCAGCAUAUCCAUGGACGCCACCAGCCAAGAAAAAGGGAAAGCCAUCGAGGGCCCUUCCGCGAACGAACUGCUGGUACUCCCUGGUGAUUCCAUGUCACAAGGCCAUGGAAAUGCUCUGGCUCUGUACCAGCAGUGUGACAUGACAUACGCUUCUGCUCUGCUCGACAAGCUGCAGAAGAGAAAAGAUUUUUGCUUUCGUGGUAUCAUGCCUCCAGUUGGCGGGGCUAUAACAAGAGAUGCUCUGAACACGAUUGUUGCCAGAGAUCUCAACGAAUGUCCCAAGGGACACAUUAUGAACCUAACAUUUCUGGGUUCUGAGGGCCGCAUAGAGAAGCUACAAAAUCCGUGCGAUCCGGGAUACAGGGCAGCUGUCGUAGAAGCUGCCAUGGCGGCAGGAUAUGCAGCGUAUGCAUCGUGUUCUGGGGAGGCGGCUGCUGCCACAUCAGUCCGUAGCGUUCUCGAGGACAUUCCCGAAGACGCAAUAGAUGAAGCGGUGGUGCUUUCCAACCGCAGGGUCCAUCUCUGGCUUCUAUUCAUCCCAGACGGGCCCCUCAGCGACCCGAAUGCCCAACUUAGCGAAGACGACGCCGACCAAGUUCUCCCCAGCAACCAAGCUACGGAAGAUAGCGAGCACAGCACUCCAGCCAUGCCCCCCAGAAAUCCACUGCGGCUCGCUCGACCGGAACCCCCUACAUUGGUGCACCCUGCAGUACAGCUCGCUACAUCGGAGGAGAACCCUUCCAGUCCCACGUUUGACUCCAUGGACAAAGCUGCACAGUGGGCAUUAGCAACCGAUACUGAAGACCCCAAUUACCCUGGCGCCCUAGUCAAUCUGUAUCCAGGUGGGCGGCCCGUCGCUCCUCCACCGUCUUCGUCCUCGUCCUCGAAUGCGCCGCAGCCCAGAUCUAUUAGGGUCGUCAGGUCUCGUCCGAUUUUACCCCCUCGGGGCCUCAAGGCAAUCGCUAGCCCGACGGAUAGCUUGACAAUUAGCGAGGCAAACAGGUUCCAGUCUGCCACGAUGUUCACCGAUGAGCAACGCCGCCACGCCACGCCGGAACAGGAGGUUGUGCGAUCUAGAGCAGCUUCGAUUGCUGAGGAGUCAUCGCUGCACUCUGGCCGCUACAGCAACAAAUCGCCUUCCCCUCCCCCCGGCGAGCCACACUCGCAUCGUAAGCAACUCAGCGGCGGUUCGGCUCGCGGCCAGCCCCGUACCAGAAAGGGUAGCAACGCCUCGCCCUACACGACCGAGCAAAAGAUCGGCGGCAGAUCCUCUGAAGACCGAGGCCGUCCUCUGCACCGCAAGUACGACUUUGUCAUGACAGACGAUGAAGCCCCGUUGUCCCCGGUACAGGAGAGCAUUCAGGGCGAUGUUCCGCGCCAGAGCAGUGCCACGACCUGGACAGAUAUCAUUCACCAUGCCAACCGCAAGUCUAGUGGCGACGUCCCCGAGGUGCCGCCCAUUCCUAGCCAGUUCAAUGGCAAGCAGCCUGAUAACAACAACGUCCUCAAGAUGCCGCCCAUUCCUGACCGAAAGGACAAGCGCCGCCCCCAUCCUCUCGAUUUCUCCCAGGCCCCGAAGAUUGCACAGUCCGCGAGCCGGGAGCGCAACGUCCAGAUUGUUUCGAGCCCUCUCACGCAUCAUUCGGAGCACCUUCAGGUCGACGGGGAAGUUUCUCCAUCUGUAUACGACGAUGAUACCCCUUAUCCAGACUCGCUGCCCGCCAUCAGCCCGCUGCACAUCCCGAGAAAGUCGGAGAUGCGUAACAUGAACAUCCUCAAGGAGUACAGCGACUGGAAGGCGUCCCCCGGACUCCUGGAUAAUGCCAAUCGCGACAUACGCCCCGGAAGCGCUCAAGAUGUCCGUAGCCCGCCUACUCAGGGAAUCCCCAAGUCCGCAACCACCAACAAUUUGCGAUUCGAGGAUGUAUACGAGUCUGAGCCUUGGACUCCGCUUACGCCGUUCCUCAUGGGCGCCAAGAUGUCGAAGAGGCUGUUUGGUGAUCACGGCUGGCUCGAGGAUACCGCUGCUCAGGAUGUCAAGAAGCCGACCAAGCCCGAGUCGCAAAAGGCAUCAGCUAUAUUCACCAGUCUCAAGAAGAAGGCUCGUGAGCUUGUUAUCGAGGGCGGCACUGCGCUCAAGCAAGGUCGCAUCAAUCACGACAACAAGAAGCUCUACGACCCCACCCGGCUGCGAAUCUCUCUCGAGGCGCGUGAGCAGAGCCUGGUAUACUGCGAGCUCGAGUUCAACCUCAGCAACGCGCUCGAUGCGUACAUCAAGGCGCAGCUCAACGGCGGGCGUCUGCAGGCCGACAAGCUGAAGCGCGUGGCCGAUGCCUGGGCGUCGAAGGGCCGCCCCCGUGUCAUUGGCUUCCGCUACGACCUCGAGACCCAGGUCGACCUGAUCGCGGCACACAUCCACGACUUCCGAUUCUACGGGGUUUUGCAGACGAACCAGGGCGUCGUCACCGGUCUGCUGCACGCCAUGAAGAUGAACGCGCGGGCCAUGCGCGUGCGUACCUUCUGCCAGCCGGACUCUGUCGUCGCAAAGCACAUCCUUGAUGCGCAGGCAUUCCUGAAGUUGCUCGGCAGCCCCGAUUCUUGCCAGCGUGCCAUCGCGGAGAUCACGCAGUUCUUCAAGGUGGUCAUCGAGCGCCAAAAGUCGCAGCUGAAGACGGCCGAGGAGGAGCACGAUGCGGCCCAGCGGCGGCUCGAGGGCGUUGGUGAGGCUCCCGGCAUGGGUGGCUUGACCGACGGUGGCGAGCAGCGUCAGUUCAGUGGUCCGGUGCUUGCGCCCAAGGUGUACGAUCCCGCUCGAGACGAGAAGACGACGUCAACGAAAACGCUAGUAGACAUGGUUGAGUCUGUGUACCGUCCUUCCCGAGAUGGCUCAGCGUAUUCCGAUCGUAACUAA